AUGUCCGUCAAUUACGCCGCUGGGCUAUCGCCUUAUGCUAACAAAGGCAUAUGCGGGCUUCCUGAGGUGUUUGACACGCCAGAUGAGUUGCAGACAAAAGUGGAGACACUAGCUAAGCUCAUCCGUGAGUCCCAGUACAUGGUAGUGCACACAGGGGCAGGCAUUAGCACCUCUGCAGGCAUACCUGACUUCAGGGGUCCUAAAGGCGUGUGGACGAUGGAGGAGAAAGGAGAGACCCCUCACUUUGACACCACGUUUGAGGAUGCUAAGCCCAGUGUGACCCACAUGGCACUGCUGCAGCUCCAGAGGGCUGGCUACCUCAAAUAUCUCAUCAGCCAGAACGUGGACGGCCUGCAUCUCCGCUCAGGCUUUCCCCGGGAUCGACUGUCAGAGCUGCAUGGCAACAUGUUUGUGGAGGAGUGUGGCAAAUGUGGCAAGCAGUACGUGCGCGACAAGGUUAUCGGAGUGAUGGGUCUGAAGCCGACAGGCCGGUACUGUGAAGUCACACGGUCCAGAGGACUGCGGGGCUGCAGAGGAAAGCUGAUCAGCACUAUAUUAGAUUGGGAAGACUCGCUGCCAGACAGAGACCUGAACAGAGCAGAUGAGGCCUCCAGACGUGCGGACUUGGCAUUGACUCUAGGUACAUCUUUACAAAUCAAGCCCAGUGCCGACUUGCCGCUGAUCACAAAACGCAAAGGAGGGAAAGUGGUCAUCGUGAACCUACAGCCCACCAAACAUGACAAACAUGGCCAUCUGCUUAUCCAUGCUUACGUGGAUGACGUAAUGAGCCGUCUGAUGAAACAACUGGGAUUGGAGAUUCCUGAGUGGAAGGGACCCACGAUUUGCGAGAACUCCGGCGGCGACCUGGAUGUGCUACCUCUUGGAGCAUGGAAAAAGGAGGUGAAGAUAGAACUAAAGAUUGAAGAGAAGAAAGGUGGAGAAAAAGAGAAGAUAGAGGAGGAUGGAGAGAGCGAGAGAAGAGACUUUAAGACAGAAGACGAUGAAGAGGAGAAAUCAGUGAAUCAUCAGAAAGACCCAGGGACUGUGAAUGACAGCAGUUCACAACCAAUCACAAUGCAGAACACACCCAGUGACACACAUCCUAUCAACGGCCAUGACUCAAACCACAGUUAUCUAUCCUGUUCUACCACCAGCAGUACAGACACAGAGUGUCCAUCUGAAGCAAAGAAAGCACGGACUCAGUCUCCUUCUCUCUAAAGACCACCAGCCCACAUAUACGUACUCACAUGUAGGCACAUAAUGAACACUUUGUUUUAAACACACCUAGGACUCAUAUACACAAUACUUUCUCAUAUGCACUGGCAUCCAGUCAUCCCUCAAUCAGGUAAUUAAUCUAAACACACAGCUUAUGAAAAUGAAACUUUUAUAUCAUGGUGGUAUAAAACACUUAGGCAGUAGACACAGUUGUCAGAUUAAUCUUGGGAUACUACAGAAGUGAAUACAACCUGAUUAGAAGUGUCUCAGAUAUCUAUGCAUUUUCAUUGUAUUUACAUAUGCACCUUGGUGCUAUGUAUUGUCUUCUGGUAUUACGUGAUAAUUAUACCUGGCGGUCAGAUGUUAGAAAUGCAGAAGUGCUUUGUUGUUAUGAAGUUAUGUCAGGAGUGCUGGAGUUAUGAUGUAAAUGCAUAAAUGUUUAAGACACCCUGGGAAACAAGUGACUUGGUUUAUAUUUUAGAUGGAAUUCUGUGCAUACUAUUUAAUUAUGAAACAGAGGAACAUAGUAGAGUAAAGCGUGAACGGUGAUGAUUUUGAGCAUUAGAAAAGCAGCUAUAACCUCUGUAUGAAUGUUCAAAGACAUGGUAUGUUCAUAUUUGAGAUGUGUGUGAUUAAUUAUU